GUGGUGGAAGCCUUUGCUGUGGACAGUCUUUGCUGUGGAAGGUGGAUGUCAAGUUAUUCGUUUCGUAUAAGUAUUCAUAUGUGCGCAAGAUGAUCAACUUACGAAUGGUAAAGAGAACAUCGACGUUACUUAAACACUUUUACCAGUUAACUUUGGCAAACGAAGGAUGGAGACCUUGUAUAAAUGAUGUUGAUUGCCUAUUAGAACACGAGCAUGCCUCGAUAUAUGUUGUGGAGUCACAAAAGAAACCUGUUGCAACAAUUUCCGCAGUAAAAUAUGGCUCAAACGUUAUGCAUUUCGGCUCUUUCAUCAUCCACAAAGAGUAUCGAAAACUGGGCUACUUUGAAAGUAUUAUACAAGUUAUGAGAGAACGCCAUGAUGAAGAGCCAGGAAGUACAAUAAAAGUGUGGUACGCUCUAGCUUCACACGUUGAAUUUCUAAAAAGAUGUUUGGUGCUGUUUGUCAAUGGCCAGUUGGCAUUUACGAUCUCAAUGUAAGAAGAAGUUUAGACAAACUUCAAGGUUAUUCAAGCCAUUUUCAGUUGAAUCAUAUCGAUGUAAAUAACAUGCACGACGUGCUCGUUUAUGACAACAAAGUGUUCGGAUACACACGAGAAAAACUUUUGAGAAUGUGGUUAGGUUCGCCUGGUACGCAUGCCCGAGUAGCGUUCAACAAAGAUGGAAGAAUUUUAGGCUACGUUGUUGUGAGAUUAGCCUUCUUCCCUGAAGAAGGUUACAAACUUGGUCCACUUUAUUGCGAAGACAUCGAAGUAGGAAAAUCCCUUAUAAAAAGUGUCUUCGAAGAUAUCAACGAUCACGGCUUUUCACGAUCGAAUUCUGUCAUCGUCGACAGCCCAACGGGACGGAAUGCAAAAGCAAAAGAGUUGAUGGAAUUUCUAGAUGGUAGAUACCUUGGGGAUAUCUAUUACUUAACAACAAACGGUCUCCCUAAUGCAUCUUUCGAUCAAUGGUUUGCUAUUUUUUCACCUGCAUACGGAUAGAGUUUAAAAAUUAUAUAAACAAUCUUAUGGAAGAUCAAAUUCUUGGACAGAAAGAACGAUAUCAUUAUAUAACGAAAUGUGAUUAGAAUGCGUCAUAUCAUUUCUAUUAAGGACAUGGACAUUUUUGACAGUGAAGCUUGUUAUAGCACACUGAAUAAUUACGCCUUUGUAAUUUGUAUCAACUUAUCAAUUGUAAAUGAGAAGGAAGAAAAAUUGAUAGUAUACUACAGCAAACGGCCUGUGAUACAAUUUAGUUUUUGUUGAUCACUGUUUCUUUAUUUCUCCGCAUGCGUUGUAGAAACAACGACAAUAAUGGACAUCUACUGUUCUUCUGUUAGAAAAUUCCGAUUCUUGUAUUAGUCAUGUGGCCACUUUCUGCCAUUUUUGUUGCUAAUUUUGACAUUCGAAUUAUUAAGUACAUCAUGUGAUUAUUUUAAGCGCUUUUGUAUUUUGAAGUGAAUAUUGGUUUUGUAGGGAACAUAAGUUUACAAACAUCGAUCAUUCGACUGCUACUAAAAGUAAUUACGUACAACUUGGAUCAAAGACUAUAGAAAAAGACUUUCUUAUGAAGACCUUAAGACUGACGUUAAUGGCAACUCCCAUUUUCAGGCAACUCUACAUAAUUUCAGCCACUAAAAAUAAUUUCAAUUAUAAAUUGUAAAUACAACUUAGAAUUUAUGGAA